AUGCGACGAAAUCUACCCGGCCUUUUGGCACUCUCCGUUGUUGGUGCCGUAUCAGGCACACCUCUCUUACCUCGAUACAUCAACUCGACAGGGUCUGGAGUCACUUGCAAUGGCACGUUCUCGCGUAUUACCGCCCAGACCUGGGUAGAUGGGAUGAACCCAGGAUGGAACCUGGGCAAUACUCUGGAUGGCAUUCCUGAUGAGGGAGACUGGGGCAACCCACCCGUUGUGCCUGCGACCUUCGAUGACGUGAAGAAUGCCGGGUACAAGGGCGUCCGGCUACCAGACUACAAAGUUAACCCAGCUUGGCUUCAACGAGUAUCUGACGUUGUUGACAUGGUGAUCGAGCGCGACAUGUACGUCCUGGUCAAUGUCCAUCAUGACUCCUGGACAUGGGCCGAUGUCACCCAAGCCAAUGCAAACUACACUCAGAUUGAAGAGAAGUUCUAUCGUCUGUGGUAUCAAAUCGGGAUCAAGCUCGCAUGCAAGUCGAGCUUGUUGGCUUAUGAGCCCAUCAACGAACCUCCAGGCACCUCAGCGGCACAUGCAGCUGAACUGAAAAAACUGGAAGGUCUGUUCCUUCAGGCUAUCGCUGACGCUGGAGGCUUCAAUCCCCAUCGUGUCGUCACUCUCAAUGGCCCUCAGGAAAACAGCGACUUGACUUCGCAGUAUUUUGUCCGUCCGACGAACAUCAGUAAUCCUUGGGCGAUUCAGUAUCACUACUAUUCGCCAUAUCCGUUCAUUUUCUCUGCAUGGGGAAGCACGAUUUGGGGGUCAGACGCGGACAAAGCUGCUCUCGAAGCAGAUAUCGCCAACAUCCGCAACAACUUCACCGAUGUACCUUUGAUAAUCGGUGAAUGGGCUGCGUCUCCAGUAGCGACUGAAACAGCAGCUCGCUGGAGGUAUUCUGACUUCUUUGUCCGCAUCGCGUCGAAAUACAACACUGCAACCGUGCUCUGGGAUAAUGGUGCCGACUUUUUGGAUCGCACGAAUCACGUCUGGCGGGAUCAAACUGCUAUCGAUAUCUACAUGUCUGCUCACGCUGGUGAGGCAAAUGCUCUGCCUGAUAGUACAAUCGAUCCCAAUGCGAAGACGCAACAUACCAGUGCUGAUCUCUUCGUUCGCGUCGGCCAGAACGUGACGUCUCAAACACUUCCUUACAUCCUCCCACGUAACAUCACACUGCUUUCAAUAGCUGGUCCGAAUGGUAAAUCGCUGGCUAGAGGGACCGAUUACUCCGUGACUGGCAACAACAUAACCUUUUCAGCCUCCUUCCUGCGCACCUUUUUCACCCCUUCAGUGAGCCCAGGCUCAAUCGCAAACUUGACACUCGGCUUCUCCACUGGCGCUGAUCUGACCUUGGAUCUCGUGCUCUGGGAUACGCCAGUGCUAAGCAGCACCUCAAGCUCCGUAGCAGCGGCAAAUGGCUCAAGUAUCUCCAUACCUGUACAGUGGAAAGGCAUCAACAAGCCCGCAACAGUCAAGACCGUGACGACGAAUGGAACCUAUCUAGUGGAUGACUUCACGAAAUACUAUGGACCUUUGCAGAAUGCUAGAACUUGGAACUGGGACACAAAUAAUCUGAUCAUUACAUCUGCUGCUGUAAAUGCUGUGCAGGCUUUGGCCGAAGAUGUCAUCUUCACUUUUGAAUUUUACCCAAGAGUACCUGGGAAUGCUGUCAAUUACACGUUGACUGUGUAA